UUCUCUCUCUCUCGGUUAAUUUUCAUGUCCCGUCUUUUCCUUUUUCAUUACAAAUUCGCAAACCGAAUACAACUUUAAGCAAAAAGGUGCCUGCUAGGCUGCUACUAUGAAAUGUAUGUAUUGAUCAAAAUUCAGAAGAAACCAAUUUCAUUUCAUACAAACCAUUGUACUGACACUCUAUUGAAACCCUAGACGUAUGACGGAACCGAUAUCAAUCGAAGAAGACGACCAGCAAGUAUCGGAACUUCAACAGUGCGGUGCGGCGGCGACGAUAUGCAAAAAUCGCAAGGAGAAACGGAAGUUGACGAAGAAGGAGAAGCGGAAGCAGAAAAGGAAGGAACUCGCCGAGAAGGCGCGCCAGGAAGAGGAGGCUAAGCUGAAUGAUCCGAAGGAGCUUCGCAGGAUUCAGCUGGAGGAGGAGAAAGAGAAGGAGAGAUUAGAGAGAGAAAGGAGAGAGUUUGAGGAGAGAGAAAGAAUCUUCCUCGAAGAACUGGCUCGAAAGAAAGCUCAAGAGGAAGAAGAAGGAGAGCGAAGGAGAGCGAAAGAUGAGGAAGAAAAGGCGAAACAAAGCCAGGUUGCUCUUGAGAAUGAAUCAGAUGGAGAUGACGAGUGGGAAUAUGUAGAAGAUGGGCCUCCCGAAAUUAUAUGGCAAGGAAAUGAGAUAAUUGUGAAGAGGAAUAAAGUGAAAGUAAAAAAGAAGGAUCCCAAUCAUGUGAUUGUUAAAGAG